AUGAGAGGAAUCAAUCUCACAAUUCCUGGCACUGCGCGGACGCCAUCGACCGAAAGUGUUGUGGCAUGGUUUUCAAGCAGAAUUUAUCUGAAGGAGGAACUUGUAUUGGUGGAGCCUGGCCGCCUAUUUUUUUGGGGCACCCCUCGAGGUAUAGAUGAUCGACUGCAACAGAUGUUGAUGCCAGUGUUCAGUCACAUACCGCGACACGACCACUGUGAGCGAUUUGCCCUGCUACACCAUGCGAGAGCCAUUGUGAAGAGAUGUGGAUUUGAUGGUUUGGCAGACUGCAGUGGACAUGUGAAGAUGUACGUUUCGCAUUUUCCUUGCAUAUCUUGCGUUGCUGUGAUUUGCCAGUUUAUGCGCCUCUUUCCCGCAGUGCGCUUUGAGCUUGACUACGAUAACAUGUGGCGUACCCGUUUUGAGACAGGCAGGCAGAAUGCCAGUCCGGAUGCUGCGAAGAUAUUCGAUGUAAUGGAGGGCGCGGUCAAUGGAGGAUAG